GUCCGUGUUGCCUCACCGUCUCGUGCUUAUCACUGUUUACUCAACUCUGUUUAAACACAGGUUACCGUUACUGUUCACACUCAACUGUCACUUCUGCCCACCUUGGUUCUUCACAUGUCUCGCAAAGCACGAGAUGAGAAGAAACAUUCCUGGACAGGAUUAUCCAGGCGAUGAGAUGUGGUUUCUCUAUAAGAAUCCUGAGACAAAAACAUCAGUAAAUGCAAUGGGAACAUAACGCUUCUCCAAGCAAGUUAAAGAAAGCCUGUCAAACUUUGUCAGUAAGAUGUAUUUUGGCGCCAAACAUGGAAAGGAAGGAAAACAGCAGUGAACAAAUAAUUAAUUUUCUUCCCUUCAAAAUUGAAAAGAAGCUUUAGUUGCAACUGCUAGAAAUAUGAGUACUUCACAAAGUUUUUUACCUUGGAGGAAGAAACUUAAAGAAAAGAUCAUGUCAUCUACAAUGUGUUGUGGGCGCUUUACAAAAGAGUGUGACCAAUUAAAAUAUGUUUUAGAGAGAACUAUAAAACAUGGAGAGAGUGAUUCAGUUUUACUGAUAGGGUUCAAAGGAUCCGGAAAGACUACGAUUCUGAACCAUUCAUUAAAUACAAUUAGACAAUCUGGUCAUGAUGAUUUCACCAUUGUUCAUUUGAAUGGACUAAUCCACACUGAUGAUGGUUUGGCUUUGAAAGAAAUUAUUUGUCAGCUGCAUCUUAAAGAGUUAGAAGGUGACAGAGUGGCUGGUUCUUUUUCAGACAAUUUGUUGUUCCUACUGCAAAGUUUAAGGACAGGAGACAGAAAUACUUCAAAACCUGUUAUUUUUAUAUUGGAUGAAUUUCAUCUGUUUUGUUCUCAUCGCAAUCAAACGUUAUUAUAUAAUCUGUUUGAGGCAGCUCAAGCAAGUUGGGCACCGAUCUGUGUUGUUGGAAUGACGUCUCGUGUAGAUGUAACAGAGCUGUUGGAGAAGAGAGUGAAAUCCCGAUUUUCUCACAGGACCAUCCUUCUUCUUUCAAAUCCAACACUUAAAGAGAGACUGCAGUUGUUCAAGUCAUUACUUACUUUUGAAACUAAGGAUUCAAGAAAGACGGAUAGUUUCAUCCAAAGGUGGAAUGAAAAUAUAAAUAGCCUAUGUAAUGAGGGAUCUGUACGUGAUGUAUUAGAAAAACAACUGUUCUGUGAUACAGAUGAAAAAAUGUUUAGAUCAUAUUUAUUAACACUGUUAUGUAAAAUUCCAGUGUCAGCUGAACUGAGAAACGUGAAAUUAACAGCAGAAGAUAUAAAAGAGUGUUAUGAAUUCUUGGCUUGUGAUGCAAAAAUAACAUUACUUCAAGGACUCUCAACUUUAGAACUCUGCCUGGUAAUAGCCAUGACUCACCAAAUGGAGUUGUAUGAUGAUGAGCCGUUUAACUUUGAGAUGAUCUUAAACCGAUACUUGAAGUUUGCCAAACAGUCCAACAGUGUAAAACUGAGUGAGCGGCCUGUUGUUUUGAAAGCAUUUGAACGACUUCAGGCGCUUGAACUGAUAAUUCCUCUGAGUGGAAUGGCUGGACGCAGUGGACUCAAAGAGUAUCAAAUGUACAACUUCUUGCUCACCAAGUCCCAAGUGACUUCUGCUCUUCAGUCCUAUGUUGGAUUGCAGACGGAUAUCGUUCAAUGGGCCAACAGUAGUCUAGAUUAGGUUGUAUAUGUAUUUUGUACCUUACUUUCUUUGUAUAAUUAUUUAUUGCCUUAUUUAUUGUCUAUAAAAAGUUUAGUCAAUA